UUAGAACCACGCCCAUUUGACUCUGGACCCAUCCUCUUGUCGCAUCUGUCGUCAUAGUAACUAUACAGGGAAAAAGCACAAAGACUGUUCAGCUCCCUGAUCCUAGCUCAUAAGCAAAGCAUGGCUCUGCCUUUUCUACCAGGGAACAGCUUCAACUCAAGUAUUGGCAAGUCUCACUUUCAUAAGUCUCAAGCGUUUGGUUUCAUUGGAGCUGGAGAAGUCCCUCGACUAGAGGGCAGCAAGCCAGGCAUUGGAGGAAAGCUACUCCUAGGCCAAUCUACAGCACAGAACUUGAGUGUGUACCCUAAAGGUCUGGGAGGAGAUAAGCCAGCAUGGGUGGCCUUUGACAAACAGGUGUUGCGUUUCUUUGCGUACUUCCAAGAGGCUGUUCAAGAGAGUCGAGUGGAGCAGUAUCGUGUGCGUUCUAGUGUCAUCUUGUUCUAUCUGGAGGACGACACCAUCCAGGUUAACGAGCCUAAGAUAGAGAACUCUGGAAUGCCACAAGGCACUUUGAUUCGUCGUCACCGUGUUCCCCUACCUGCACCAAACGAUGAGCGCUUCUACAGAGUGGAGGAUAUGAAUGUGGGCAAGGACAUUGUUCUCCAUGGAAAAAUCUUCAGAAUUACUGACUGCGAUGAAUUCACGAGGAAUUUUCUCCGAAAACUUGGUGUCCGUAUUCCUCCGUCUGAGACCACACCCAAAGACCCCUACACCAUGCAUCAAGGGGAGAAAUCAGCCACCAUGCAGCCAUUCCGGCCCUAUGACAAGGUGGACAAUCUGAGACAGUUCCUGGAUCAUGACAGAGAGGUGCUGAAAUUCUUCUGCUAUUGGGACGACAGUGACACUAUGUUUGGAGACAUGCGGGAGAUGGAGCUCCACUAUUUCCUAGCGGAUGACACCAUUGAAGUUGUUGAGAAGAUCCCGCCCAACUCUGGUCGUGAUGCCGUCCCUAUGUUCCUCAGACGCUCCAAGCUCCAUAAGACCUUGAUACCGCUCCAGCUGCCAGGUGUAGUGGCCAACAGGACUGUGCUGAAUGUGUUUGGCCCAAUGGGUCAUGGAGGUAGAUACCUCCUCGACUCGCUCAAGACUGGUGCUGUUGAGAGAGAGCACUACCAUGAGAGUGAUCUGACCAUCGGAGCUGUCAUCAACGUGUGGGGGAGGAAGCUACUGCUCUGUAACUGCGACGAAUUCACCAAGGAGUUCUACAACAGCAAGUACAACAUUGUCAACUUUGAGAGCAUCACACUGUCCCAGCCUUCAGUAACAGAGGUAAAGAGACAGCUUCCUCCCUACAAUGGGUUUGGAUCAGAGGUAGACUCCCAAGCCUCCUGUCUCAAUCUCAUUCCAAAACAACCCAAACAGGACUUCAAGAAGUUCAUAGACAAGGAUCGUGAUGGUCUGAACAGCAACGUACUGCGAUUUGUGGGCAAACUGGACACCACUCGUCCUAUUGACAUGGACAGACGAUUCAUUGUAUUCUAUCACCUCUCCGAUGACACCUUCACAGUGUUUGAACCUCCUCAGAGAAACUCCGGCAUUAUUGGUGGCAAGUUUCUCGAACGAGGUCCCAUAGCCAAGCCCAAGAGGUCGGAGUCAGACCCCACCAGUCACUACCAGGCAGAGGACCUGUACAUUGGCAGCAGGGUCGAGUUCAACAAACACAAAUUUGUGUUCAUCGAUGCUGAUGAGUAUGCACUGAGGUACAUGGAGAAACACAGCGAUCAGUUCCCUCAUGCGAAUAUCUCCCUGAUCCUAUCCAAACUGAGGGGUCCAGCAGCCUCAUACAUUCAACAUGUGGAGGACGCUUUCGCUGGUGCUGAUAUUGACAACAAAAAACAGCUACCAUUCGACAAAUUUAGAGUUGUGGCGCUGAGUUUGGCUCAAGGGAUGCUCAACGACCACGAGCUGAUGACACUGGCACGACACUACGGAGACAAGGUCUACCCUCUCCUCUCUUCACUCAUACGUAUUAUACAGAAGGACCUCAAACUGCGUAACUUCACUGGAUUCUCACAACUGCUCGCAGCCCUCAAGUCAUGUGAUAAGUAUGACGAGGGGUUUGUCAGCAAAGAGAAGCUGAGACAUGUGUGCCAUACCAUAGGGUUACCACUGUCUGAUCAGCUUGUUGAUGGAGCUGUCAUGAAUUGUGGAAGCAAGUUUGGGGGGCCUAUUGACUACAACCAGUUUGUGCAACUCCUCAACUGGAAGGACCACCCUCUCCCAGUCGAAACUGGAACCAAAGUUGCUGCUGGCACGUCUGGUUCAUGGAGCGCCAGUGUAGAGGGAUGGACAAGCACACUUGGACCCAUUCAUUACAAUGCUCUCAUCGAGGACCUUAAGACACACUGACACUGACUCAUAAUUAUUAGCAAUAGUUACAUAGGACAAGUUUUUAUGCUCUUUUCAUGCAGUGUAAUUGUUUACAAUCA